AGAGUCGCAUUAGGAUAACGUCAAUACCCCUAUUUUGGCAAGAUAAUGGAACCAUCCAUACAACCUGAUUCAUAGACCUAACGUUACGUGAGAAUGGUAACCGUUACGUGUAAGCGUUUUAUUCCCGAAUUGAGAAUUUAAUACAAAGUUAAAUGUCAGAGGCUCAACUUGUCUAAUGAGAGAGUUUUAACAAAACACACACCAUCAAACCCCAAUUGUUUCUUAUUAUAUCCUGCAAUAAAAUGUUAUUACUCUACCGAACACGAAACGUGCCCCAGUGGCCUAAUGGAUAAGGCACUGGCCUCCUAAGCCAGGGAUUGUGGGUUCGAGUCCCAUCUGGGGUGGUUAUUUUUUCUGGGAAAAAGAAGUGAAUGAAGUCUUUCAAAAUAGGAUCUCUGGGACCGACGUUCUCUCAUGCAGUUGAUGCGACCCGCGCAAUAUCCUUCCUACCUGGAACCAACGGUUUACCGAUGAAGAAACAUUCUUAUUGAAAUACACGGAGGGAACUGGCAAGAAAACAGCCGCCAUGCAGAAGCAAAACAUCAAACUGUGCGUAUUGCUGAGCUGUUUGGCUGCAUCAGUGCAAACGCACCAGCUCAGAGAGGCCACUGUGCACUGGGAUGCUGCCCAGAAAAGUGUGAUCCUGAAGGAAGGGGUGAUGGAGACCGAAGGGGGAGCCUACGGUUACUUCAAUGACACUCUGCUCCUCUCUGGAUGGGGCGUCUUGGAGAUCUGCGCAGGUUGUGGAGGAACCGCACAAAGAGAUGAGACCACCUUUUUCCUGGCCGGGUACCUGGAAGGUUAUCUGACUGCUGGACAGAUGUUCAAUCAUUACUCCAACAUGUACCCUCAACUCCUAAAGGAUGAGAAGGUUUUGAAUCCCCUCAAAACGUUUUUAAGCAAACAGGACCAGUGGGCCCGAGAGCAGGUGAAACAGAGGAGACACAGCGCCCCCUGGUGGAACCACCUGGGACUGAUCCUGGCCCAGCUGGACGGACUCCAGGCAGGAGCUGCUCGGUGGGCCAAAAGCAAACACAGAGAGCCUCUAUCAGCAUUUGCACUCCAGUUUCUGAAUGGCGUCGGCGACCUCCUGGACCUCAUCCCGGCUCUGACGCCUCGCUCCAACUCCUCCACAGGGGCCGGCGCUUUCAGGAUGCCAGGAAUGGGCCACUGCACGGCUCUCAUCAAGGUGCUGCCAGGCUUUGAGAACCUGCUGUUUGGCCACUCCAGCUGGUUUACGUAUGCAGCCACCAUGCGUAUCUAUAAACACUGGGACCUCAGGGUGUCCGACACACACACGGCCACCGGGAAGAUGUCGUUCAGCAGCUACCCUGGCUUCCUGACCUCUCUGGACGACUUCUACCUGCUCGGGAGCGGCCUGCUGAUGACUCAGACCUCCAUCGGCGUCUUCAACGUCUCCCUGCUCUCCCGGCUCAGCCCUCACAGCCUGCUGGCCUGGCAGAGGGUCCGUCUGGCCAACGGCCUGGCGCGCAGCGGGGAGGAGUGGGCGCGCGUCUUCUCCGGAUACAACUCAGGUACAUACAACAGCCAGUACAUGCUGGUGGACCUGAACAGGGUUUCUCUGGGUCACAGUAUCAGGGACGGAGCUCUGACUGUGGUAGAGCAGAUACCUGGCAAAGUGGCGCACUCCGAUCAGACUCAAGCUUUACGCAGAGGAUAUUGGGCCUCCUACAACGUACCAUUUCAUGCUGAAAUCUACAACCUGAGCGGGUACAGCGUGAUGUGGAAGAGAUACGGAGAGGACUUCUCGUACGACCUCUGUCCCAGAGCCAAAAUCCUUCGCAGGGACCAGGCCAAGGUGUCAGACCUAAACUCCCUCAAACACAUCAUGAGAUACAACAACUUCAAGAGAGAGCCUUACUCCAAGGGGCAUCCUUGUAAAACCAUCUGUUGCCGUAACGACCUGAGACCAAGAAGACCACGGCCAGGGGGUUGCUAUGACACCAAGGUGACGGACUACCAGAUGGCGGUCCGGUUGGUUGCGCAGGCCAUAAACGGCCCCACAACACAGGGGGGCCUGCGUCCUUUCUCAUGGCAAUCGUUCAACCUUACGACCCAUCUGGGUCUUCCGCACACCUACAGCUUUCCCUUCGUCACCAUGAGGCCCACGCUGCAUCGACUCUGAGAGCGCAGAGACAGCAGAUAUACAACCAAUCUAUGCAGGAUCGGCUUUGUUUCUUGUUCCUGGAGAAAAAAAAGCUUGUCACCUAACUGUAAUAAUGUAAAAGCAGGCAAAAUUAAUUAAAUUCUGAGACAAUGCAUUUUCAAAACAAAAUAAGAUUAAAACACGGGACAAUCUGUUGCUUAAUUGCCUUUAUGAAUUUGACUGGAAUGUUAGAGGUAUUUUUAUGAAGCUGAUUGAUGCCAACCUGAGGUUUGAUCAAAUCAUUCACUAAUUAAUUCAUACCAUUUAAUCCUAAAACUCAUUUUAAAAAGAACAUGCUUGUUUCAUCUAAACCCGGCCAGAAGUAUUAGAAAGAUGGUGUUUGAAUUACUGCUGCUCUCAUUACUCAGUAGUCAUUAGGGAGUGAUGUGUUAGCAAUAAUACUCUCAACUCUGAAUGUAUUAGCAAUGUUUUGUGUGUAAGUUUGUUCCUUAGAGUUUAAUAUUUUGGCCACCUGGGGAAUGCUUUUGUUUUAGUUAAUACUAGUGUAUUGUAUGUAUUUUUGAGGAUUUUGUUUUAAAAUCUAUGCAAUGUUUCCUCAAGUUUAGACCGUGUAUAAUAAAAUGUUCUUAUUUAAUAUUAUUGAUAACA